GGCAGUGGGGACACGGAAAAGGCCUGGGACCGUGGUAGUGCCGAGAGCUCCGGGGGAACAGGCGGCGCGCGGCGAGCGGCGGGAAGGCGCCCGGGAGCCGAAGCGAGCGCAGGAGCUGUGGGCCCGAACAGGACAAAUGAUGAUGCCAGCCUCUUGGAAUUUAUAAUCUGGUUGGGGGUAGAGGAGCCAGAGGAAACAAAGAAGGAGCCAACAAAUAGAAAACCCUCUUUCUAGAGCAUCCCCUGAUGGUACCAUCAGCAAUGUCUUCCUUAAGUGGGAAAGUCCAAACUGUUUUGGGCCUGGUGGAACCCAGCAAACUGGGCCGCACCCUGACCCAUGAGCACUUGACCAUGACCUUUGACUGCUCUUACUAUCCACCUCCUCCCAGCCACGAAGCUAUCUCCAAGGAACCUAUCGUGAUGAAAAAUUUAUUUUGGAUUCAGAAAAACCCUUAUUGCCAUAAAGAGAACCUUCAUUUGAAUGAGGAAAUAGAAGCCGUAAAGGAAGAAUUGUUGUAUUUUAAAGCUCAGGGCGGAGGGGCUUUGGUGGAGAACACGACCACCGGAAUUAGCCGAGAUGUGCGGACGUUGAAGUGGCUUGCAGAAGAGACCGGUGUCCACAUUAUAUCCGGAGCUGGGUUUUACGUGGAUGCAACUCACUCUUCCGAGACCAGAGCCAUGUCAGUGGAGCAGCUUACUGAUAUCCUUGUUCGUGAAGUUCUCCAUGGAGCUGAUGGAACCGAUAUCAAGUGUGGUGUUAUUGGAGAAAUCGGUUGCUCCUGGCCUUUGACUGAGAGUGAAAGAAAGGUUCUUCAGGCAACAGCUCAUGCCCAGACCCAGCUUGGUUGCCCUGUUAUUAUCCAUCCUGGACGGAACCCAAGUGCACCGUUUCAGAUUAUCCGAGUCUUGCAAGAAGCAGGUGCAGACAUCUCCAAAACAGUUAUGUCACACCUUGAUAGGACCCUAGUUAAUAAGAAGGAGCUACUGGAAUUUGCUCAACUUGGCUGUUACUUGGAAUAUGAUCUCUUUGGUACCGAACUCUUUCAUUACUCGUUCAACCCGGACAUCGACAUGCCAAAUGAUAACGAAAGAAUCAGAAGGGUACGUCUCCUGGUGGAUGAGGGCUACGAAGAUCGAAUUCUGAUGGCCCAUGACAUACAUACGAAGCAUCGGCUGAUCAAAUACGGAGGUCACGGCUAUUCCCAUAUAUUCACCAAUAUUGUUCCUAAAAUGUUACUUAGAGGUAUAACUGAGAACGCACUUCAUAAGAUUCUUAUAGAAAACCCCAAGCAAUGGCUAACUUUCAAAUAGGAUGGUGGCUUAUGGCUCAUACCCUCGAGUAUAAAACUUGCAGAGAACACUCAGUGAUUUCAAACUCACGGUGAGAUAUUAAUCAGUUACCUAGGACAAAUGACUGAUCAUUUCCUUCUUAUGAGAAUAAGAGAGUUUGCCUUCUCCAAAACCUGCUGACUGUUACUAUACAUCUGCACCUCUAGGGAGUUACUGAGCCUAACUGAGCCCUAUUAUUUUGCCUUAACAAAAUAAAUACAGAAGUACCUAUUUCUAAGCAAUGAUUUAAAGUCUGUAUCCCUUAAGUGGCGUUGGUUUGGGUGGUUUUUUGUUUUUUUUUUUUUACUCUAUUAGCUGCAGUACUUCAGAAAAUUUAAAGUGUUUCUAGUUAAAUUAUUCCCUUCUCGAGCAAUCUAAUGCUUCUUGUAAUAUUGAUGAUCCUACUAAUUAUCCUGCUGUUCUUUAAUUAAUGCUUGAUGAAUAAUAUGGCACUUUAAAAUAGCUUCUGCAGCAAGGGAAGUUAAAUUUUGAGCCUUUUUUUCCCCCCAAAGGAUACUGUAAUACAAUUACCAAAUCACAAUGAUAAAAAUAUUUUGAAAGGUUAAUGUUUUGCUGUCCACCUAUUUCUAUAUUCUUAUAAUAAAUCAGUUUUGAUG